GUACUGUGGAUCUUGGAAACAAAUCUACUUUAGAAAAAGCUGAGAGGAAAAAAAGAUAAGAAAGCCCACAGAUGGGACUGUGGAUUUUGAUGCUGAAAUACUUCCCGUGAUCUGUGGAGAAAUGGUGGGCAUGUUAAUUAAGAGAAAAUUUGAACGAGGAUCCACGGUGAAGUGUAUAAGAAGCCAGGAUGGAAAUUGGUUCACCCUACAAGAAUUUGAACUUAAAGGAGGCGUCAAAAACGCUAACUGGAAAACGAGUGUGCGCUGCAAUGGAAGAACCCUAAAAUGGCUGAUGGAGGAAAAUCUUCUACCUCAACCUCCAAGAAUAUAUGGCAAGAUAAAAACGCUGGAAAACGCAGAGAAAUGCAUGAUCUGCUGGGAAGAAGGAAAGUUCAUCUACUGCUGUGUUUGUCUGAAGGGCUUUCAUGGGGACUGUCACCUCCCACCUGUGGAACCUCAGAGGACCCCUUGGAGAUGUACUUUCUGCACAACGGAAUUGUCUUCACGAAGUCAGCAGCAGUGCUACAGUGAAUCUGAAGUCCUGGCGAAACAGAUGGGGUCAGAAGAGAAGUCGAAAUGUGAAUUCCUACUCCUAAAGGCCUAUUGCCAUUUCGAGACCAACGUUUUUCCGAAUAUUCCACAUGAAAAUUAUGUUCAAAAGGCUUCUCAAUGCCUAGAGACACUUAGGAGAUUGGAUGAAAUCAAGAAUAGCCUAAAUAAAGGAUGUUAUGCCCAAGUGGAGGGGUUUGUGCUUGAAAUGAACAACAUCUUUCAGGAUCCUAAGCAAAAUGACUCAGACCUACUAAAGGAGGAAUUUAAGAAGAAUUUCAAACAAGUCUUUGCUAUUCAGAAAGCAAAUCAGAACAGUUCCAUGGUGUAGUGGAUGCUGUUGAUACCCUGGAAAAUCCCACUUUCAGGCAGAUUUCUCAUCCCCCCGCUGUUAUGAGUGUUGGCUGCUGAUGCCACCUCUCCCCAAUGUAUUGCUUUGUGCAAAAUGGAGGCAGAGUCACUUGAAGGUUACAUCUCUUUUUGCUGGGGGUUCGUUCCCAGCACCAAUUCUGAACUAACCAUGUGAAGUGAUUCAUGUUCCUGCACUCCCCAGAGACUACCUAGAGCUAGUCUCCAGCUAUGCCCAUAUCCUUGCUUAGCAUUUCCCACCAUGGUAUCCUGCUUCCCUUAUCCCUCUUCCUCAUGAGAGAAUUCUCACAAUAAAUCAUUUAAUGAUUUUA